AAUCACAAGACUGUCAGCUGUGUCAAGAUCUAGUAAAAAGUUGGGCUGGUGAAGCAAAAAAGUUUUCGGCUAUCGGUUUGGAUAAAAAUUGCAAAAAAUGGCAUCGAACCUAGCAGCGGCCGGAACAGAUCCGAAAAUUAAAGAAAUAAUAACGUCUUUAGAUGACGACAAAAUAGAUAUGUUGGCUGCUACCAGUGUUUUGCAGCAAAGGGCAACUGACAUCAGGAAUCAGCAUGUUAACUGGCAGUCUUAUUUUCAGUCUCAGAUGAUAUCACAGGAAGACUAUAACUUCAUUGUAGCUUUUGAUGUCACAGAUAGCGCUAAACGAGAAGCACUUUUGCAAAAGGAUCGUAAUCAGUGUGCCCAGACCUUUUUGAAUCUGUUGGGACAUGUUUCAAAAGAUCAAACAUUGCAGUACAUCUUGGUUUUGGUAGAUGAUAUGUUGCAGGAAAGUAGAAGCCGUGUGGAGAUCUUUCAUGAAUAUGCCAAUAAAAAGAAAGAAUCAGUUUGGGGACCAUUCUUGAACCUACUUAAUCGACAAGAUGGAUUCAUUACCAACAUGACAUCCAGAAUCAUUGCAAAAAUCGCAUGUUGGUCCCAUACUCCGAUGGAACGAUCUGAUUUGCACUUCUAUCUGACCUGGUUGAAAGAUCAGUUGAAAACUCAGGAGAGCAAGUACAAAAUGUCUUGCUCGGCCCCGCCCAGCAUUCCCCAUAAAAAAGACAAACGUAGUUGCAUCGAUAUCAUUCACGGCGCACACUCCAUAUUAUUCGGGAUGUCUCUCGAGGAUGCAACUAGGGUUGCCCAAGAGAAUAAUGAGUACAUUCAGUCCGUUGCCCGAUGCCUACAAAUGAUGCUCCGCAUCGACGAAUACCGCUUUGCCUUUGUCUCCGUUGAUGGAAUUUCCACCCUCCUAUCGGUACUGUCUGGUCGAGUCAAUUUCCAAGUACAGUAUCAACUCAUCUUCUGUCUGUGGGUGUUGACCUUCAAUCCUCUGUUGGCCGAGAAAAUGAACAAGUUCAACGUCAUCCCUAUCUUGGCGGACAUUUUGAGCGACUCCGUCAAAGAAAAAGUAACCAGGAUCAUCCUGGCCGUGUUCAGGAAUUUGAUAGAAAAGCCUGAAGAUCAACAGGUAGCCAAAGAGCACUGCAUCGCUAUGGUACAGUGUAAGGUUUUGAAACAAUUAACUAUUUUAGAGCAACGUAAGUUUGACGAUGAAGAUGUUACCGGCGAUGUGGAGUUUUUGACAGAGAAGUUGCAAAGUUCUGUUCAGGAUCUUAGUUCCUUCGAUGAAUAUUCAACUGAGGUCAAGUCUGGCCGUUUGGAAUGGUCUCCUGUCCACAAAAGCAAGUUCUGGAGAGAAAACGCACAGCGCCUCAACGAGAAGAACUAUGAAUUGCUCCGCAUUCUUAUUCAUCUGUUGGAAACCAGCAAAGAUGCUCUGGUAUUGAGCGUAGCCAGUUUUGAUAUUGGAGAAUAUGUUCGCCACUAUCCUCGUGGAAAACAUGUUAUUGAACAGUUGGGUGGUAAACAAUUGGUAAUGCAAUUGUUAGGUCAUGAAGACCCCAAUGUUCGUUACGAAGCUCUUUUGGCAGUACAGAAACUUAUGGUUCACAACUGGGAAUAUCUUGGCAGGCAACUUGAAAAAGAACAAGGAACUGAUUCAGGACCAAAAUCUGCCACGCCUGUUGCAGGAAAGGCAUAAUUUCAGCUAAUAUUUCCAGUAUUAUCUAUGCCAAUAGUAUUUUAUGAUAUUGUUUUACAAUAAGGUAUUUUGAAUUAUCUCAGAUUAUGCGUUAGGACCUGGUUCUAUAAAAUUUUAUAAAUAUUUCUGUAUAUAGUUGUAUAGGUUUACAUUCCUGUGGUUGAUAUUUAGGGUAAAUUACAUGUACUGUAACGCAAUAUUAACCAACAUUUUCUUGACUUCUCUGUAUUGUUAUACUUCUAUUGUCAAAUAAAAUUGAGUUUUAUUGGCUGUUUAA